GCCUCACCACUAGGCAACCCGCGCCCGCCUGAACGUUACCCCCCGCGCGCCCUCGCUCCUCCGCCGCCGCCGCCACAUUCAAGAGCCUCUCGCUGCCAGCCAAGUUUCAAGAGAGUGCGAAUCUACGGUGGGACGGAUCCGUGGUGUUUCGUUGUACUUGAGAGGACUUGUUGUUUACGUUGAAAAAAAAAAAAUUAUUCAGGUGCUCCAGAAGCGGUUGAAAACACCAGGAACUCUCUAUCUCUAUCUCUCUCGACUGAGAUAUUUCGUGGAGAAUUUGAGGCACCUAUUUUGAGUGGCUCACCUUUGCGAUGGGGAACGCCUGCUCCUCCUGCAAGGACUCCGGCUGCUUCGCCUGGCUUCAUCCUAAGCAGCCGAAUCUGCCUCCAAAGGUAGAGACAGACAGCCGACCAAAGCCAGUCACACCUCUAUACAACGAGCACGAUGUUGUGACCGUUCCUGAUGAAUUCUUAUCGAUAAAGAACUUCAACCUCAUGACGAAGGAAAAUGGGAUCCCACACCACACCAACGAGUACGAGCUGAUGGAGCGAGAGAAGCCCCGACUGGUGGUGAGGAGAGGCCAGGCUUUCUCCAUCACGCUCAACACCAACAAGCCAAUGGACAGCGAGAAGGACAAGCUGUCUCUCGUCUUCACCGUCGCUGACUCAAAGAGCCCCAGUUUCGGAAGUGGCACCCUGGUCGGCGUUGGCAUUGGCACCGAGAGCGACAGCGGGUGGAGCGCCCAGAUCAAAGAGACGACAGACACUUCCAUCGUUCUGUCGAUCACGACGUCUUGCAAGGCCAUCGUGGGCGAGUGGAAGAUGGAAGUGGACGUGCAAUCGGGCGACAAGACCCACACGUACCCUUGCGAGUCCACUUUCUUCCUCCUCUUCAAUCCUUGGUGCCAAGGCGACGCCGUUUACCUGGAGGGCGCGGCCGAGAAGCAGGAGUACGUCCUCAACGACUCGGGUCUCAUCUGGAGAGGCACCACCAACUUCCACCGUCCGUGCGCCUGGAACUUCGCGCAGUUCGAGGAGGACAUCCUGGAGUGCGUGCUCUACGUGCUGAGCUCCGUGUGCCGCAUGUCCCCCUCCAACAGGGGCGACCCCAUCAAGGUCACGAGGGCUAUCUCCGCCGGGGUCAACUCCCCCGAUGACUCCGGCGUGCUGGUGGGUAACUGGAGCAGCGACUACAGCGGGGGGACGCCUCCUACGAAGUGGGGCGGCUCCCAGCUCAUCCUGCAGGAGUACUUCAAGACCAAGAAGCCCGUGAAGUUCGGCCAGUGCUGGGUCUUCUCCGGCGUCGUGACCUCCGCCUGCCGCGCCAUCGGCAUCCCCUGCCGCUCCAUCACCAACUUCGCCUCCGCCCACGACACCCACAACUCCCUCACGAUCGACCUGUUCUUCGACGACGAGGGCGAGGCUAUCGAGCGCCUCAACGCCGACUCGGUCUGGAACUUCCACGUCUGGAACGAGGUGUGGAUGACCCGACCUGACCUGGGCGCCGAGUACAAGGGGUGGCAGUGCAUCGACGCGACGCCGCAGGAGGAGAGUGACGGCCAGUACCGCUGCGGGCCGGCCUCCCUGGCGGCCAUCAAGAAGGGCGACAUCAACAAACCGUACGACGUUCCUUUCGUGUUCGCCGAAGUCAACGCCGACAAGCUGUUCUGGAAGUACCGCGGCCCCUGCCAGCCCAUGAAGCUGCUCGGACGCAAGACGGAGGGCGUGGGUCAGUUCGUGAGCACCAAGGCAGUCGGCAGAUUCAUGAGAGAAGACGUCACACAUCUCUACAAACACAAGGAUGAGUCCGAGGAAGAGAGGAAGGUCAUGCUGCACGCCCUCAGGCUGUGCGAGAACAACUUCGCCAGGUAUUAUCUCAACGAGGAGUUCGAGGAAGUGGAGUUCGACUUCCAACUCAACGACGACAUAGUCAUUGGCCAGCCCUUCAAGUCGACUGUGGUGGUCGAGAACAAGAGCAACAAGGAGCACGAGGUGGAGGUCGUCCUUCGCGCCGACACGAUGCUCUACACGGGCCAGAUUCAGACGCUCGUGAAGAAGGAGAGAAACGAAAUCAAGUUGGAACCGCAUUCCAAGCAAACGAUUCACCUGGACGUCAGCUUCGACGAGUACUACAGCAAGUUGGCCGACCAGUGCGCCAUGAACCUCGCCUGCCUCGCCAAGGUGAAGGAGACGGAGUUCGAGUACUUCGCCCAAGAUGACUUCCGCUGCAGGAAACCCGACAUCGCCAUCGAGGUCGACGGGGAACUGCGAGUGGGCGAAGAGACCAGGUGCGUCGCCUCCUUCAGGAACCCGCUGCCGAUGGCCCUGACCCGAGGCCGCUUCAUCGUCCAGGGCGCCGGACUCACGCGCGUGCAGUUCCUGAAGCUCAAGGACUCGGUCCCCGUCGACGGGUGUGCCAAGUGCGAGUUCCUGGUGAAGCCGACCCUCACCGGCGAGAAGACCAUCAACGUCAUGUUCGACUCGAAGCAGCUGGAGGACGUGGACGGUCACCUCGCCGUCAACGUCUUCGAGAUCCCGACGUCCGUCACCCACACCAACGGCACCGACCAGCCUCUCAACGGCGACGCCAACACCUCGGAGGGAGAAGGACUCACCAUGAGCGAGUUGGGCAGCGGCAACUAGAGCGGGACGACGCAGGCGCAGAAGGAACCAGAAACAAAUGAAUCAAGAUACGGCAGUUAGAUUUAUAACGACGAAAACUGACGAAAAGAGAGACGAAAAAAUUAGAGUCAGGACAAGAUGCAACUGACGAAAAGAGAGACAAAAAACCAACAAUGAAAAAUGAAAUGAAUUGAUAAGAAUGGAGAAUAUUCAAUCAUAAACAAAGAUAACACAAGAGAAAUACGGAGAGAUAUAAUGAGCGCCAUUUUCCUCGCUCAUUCAGGGCGACCACUCUUGAAAAAAAAAAAA